AUGCAAUCCAUAUCCGGCGCCAAUACCGACUGUGCAGCGAAGCGAAUGCGAAAUAGUACUAUUCCCCAUCCAGCACGCGAUAUCGUGCCAGUCCUCUUCUCUUCAAUCCUGACAACAUUUGGCGGUGCCAUGGCAGUUGCCUCAGGGGACACUGCUUGGGGCAGCUAUACUCUUAGCCAGAGAUAUCUCAACAACACAGCGGACCCGCUUCUCUCCUUGCACGUCAACCCAGCUAGAAAUGAUCUGAAUUCUCUCUCUUGCCGCCUCACACAGCUAGUCAAUACCUACUUUAACGCCGCCUUUGCCCCGAGUCUUUACACAGGUAACUUUUCCAGUGGUCUCAAGGCUAGAACAUGGGAUGAAGAUGGUAUCACCACCAAUUUCACCGGCGAGCAUAAAGCCUACAGUCAUGCCAUCUACGUCGCCCGCUGGCCAUGGCUCGUGGUAUUUACACUUGCAUCUUUGGCCUUACUAAUGUGCACAUUGAUCACAGUACUCCUGACGCAACUCACCAACAUUCCGGAUAUACUAGGCUAUGCCUCAAGCCUGACGCGUGACUCGGUAGACCCGCAUUUUCCUACCGGGGGAUCUGCCAUGGAUGGAAUACGCAGAGUAAUUCUGUUGGGAGAUAUUCCCGUGCGGCUGGGUGAUCUCAAACCAGAUGAACAAGUGGGAUACCUUGCAUUUGCAGGUGGAAGAAUGGUGCAGCGAGCAGAAAGCGGUCGAUUAUAUUCAUGA